GAAAUGAAUAUUAUCUUAAUCUUCGUAUUCAACGCGAUGUUUCCUUAACCAACAUUGAAAUAUCGAGAAUUCAGCAGAGAAUCAUCUUACAAAGUUCUGAUUUUUUUUCUACAUAGUAUCUGCUAUAUUUAUGGAGAGAGACGGAAAUGUUGUUGUUGGAGAUAAUUCUUCCCAGAACGUACCGUUUAAUCAGGAAGAUUCAAUUUUGAGCUCGAAUUUUUUCUUGGAUCAUGUUGGGGAGGUUGUUCUCGCCUUUAAUUCUGAUGGGUUGUCUUGGAAAUUGGUUGAAUCUUUGAAUAAUGAUGGAUCAUCUUGUUUGGGCAUAAAAUUAGUUCCGAAGAGUGAAACUGCAAUCAAAUUCUCUGGUGUGUAUGCUGUUGAAUUUAUCGGUUGGGGUUUGGUACAUGAAUCUGUUCUUGCAAAUGCUGGAGGACGCCUUUUGGGUCGUUCUUCUGAGAUGUACCGAUUUACAGUGCAUGGUGUCCAGAGAUCAAAGACUCACCAAUCUCUUUUGGCCCCUUCUGUAUAUACGUUUGGUCACAAGGAUAUGCAGACAUGUCAAAUGUGGGUGAAUCGGGUGAAUGCUUCCCUAAGCAUGGAAGCAGACCGACCUAAGAGUCUUUUGGUUUUUGUUCAUCCAAGGAGUGGGAAAGGAAAUGGAUGUAUAACUUGGGAAGCAGUGGCUCCUAUAUUCUCUCAUGCUAAAGUGAAAACAAAGGUGAUUGUAACAAAGAGGGCUGGACAUGCUUUUGAUACAAUGGCCUCUAUUACAAACAGGGAGCUUAAUUCGUAUGAUGGUGUAGUAGCUGUUGGAGGUGAUGGUUUCUUCAAUGAAAUUCUCAACGGAAUUCUAUUGUCAAGGCACAAAGCUCCUUACCCACCAUCCCCUAGAGAUUCCAACCAUUCUGUUGAGAGUGACAGCAAGGUCUUGGUUCAUGAUGCAAACGGAGCUGUUGUGGAGACCUCUGAUCAUAAUGAAGACCAAUCUCCUCUUCUCCUGAGUUCAGGACCUGAUGGAACACAAGUCACCAAUUUCAGAACUGAAGAUAAUUCUUUCCACACAGAUCGAGAUCCUGAGUUUUCUGUCCCAAAUGCAUGGUUCAGAUUUGGAAUUAUCCCAGCAGGUUCUACUGAUGCUAUUGUGAUUUGUACCACUGGAACUCGAGAUCCUAUAACAUCUGCAUUGUAUAUUGUCCUUGGUAAAAGGAUGUGCCUUGAUUUAGCUCAAGUCGUGAGAUGGAAAACAACAUCUACAUCAAAGGAUGAACUUGAACCAUGUGUACGCUAUGCAGCUUCUUUUGCAGGGUAUGGAUUUUAUGGUGACGUUAUUACAGAGAGUGAAAAAUAUCGAUGGAUGGGCCCAAAGCGAUAUGAUUAUGCAGGAACAAAGGUGUUUCUUAGGCACAGGGCCUAUGAAGCAGAAGUAGCAUAUCUAGAAGUUACAUCAGAGAAAACGAACUUGACUCCUGAGAUAGGACCUCGGGCCAGUAGGACAAAAGCAAUGUGGGGCCUUCCUAAAAAAUCUGAAAGAGUGGCUUGUCGUGCCAAAUGCAAUGUUUGUAACACAAAACCUAUCCACAUGUCGGCAAGACUUCCGACCGCAUUGGCAGACUCACAGGAAACACAAUGGUUGAGGUCCAAAGGGCGUUUUCUAAGCAUCGGUGCUGCUGUAAUCUCCUGCCGAAAUGAAAGAGCGCCGGAUGGUUUGGUGGCUGAUGCACACCUUUCAGACGGCUUCCUUCAUCUUAUAUUGAUAAGAGACUGUCCUCAUGCAUUUUACUUGUGGCACCUUAUGCAGCUUGCAAAAAAGGGUGGAAACCCCCUGGAUUUUGAGUUUGUGGAACACCAUAAAACCACGGCUUUCACAUUCACUUCUUUCGGCAAGGAAAGUGUAUGGAACGUGGAUGGUGAGCUCUUUCAAGCACACAAACUCUCAGCACAAGUAUUUCGAGGCCUUGUUAGCUUAUUUGCUUCUGGCCCUGAAGUUUAGUGAAACACCUCAGAAAAUGGUGUCUGUAUAUCACUGCUCUAAGCCUCUAACAACUAUGUUUUGUAAUGUUAUGUAUGCAAUCAAUAACAUUAUGCAUCAAUUGUAGUGUAUCUUAAUUGAGCUUUUUUACCGCCCAGCUCUUUGUAAUCUAUUUCUGGAAUUGAAUGAGCAACUUCUUGAUAAAUCUAAU